AACUCAAUUGAAAAACGCGUUCUGCAAUGGACAAAACUUCUGACAGAAGAAUCGAGAUAAAAAUGAGUAUCUGCAGAAACUCCCAAGCAGAAACGCCCACGCCACAACUUUCUUGAUCACAAACAGUGAUGAAGGCAAACAACUGGACACAGACAUCCGAAUGAGUGUGUAAAGAUCUAUGGCAGAAGAAGAUCUAUUGGAUUUCAAUGCCGCAGGACCCAAAAACACGCGCCCAAAUGAUCCUAAUUUCCAACGCAUUCUCCUCGCAUGUCUGGUGAAUUCGAGCUACAUUCAAGAAAUUUACAGACAGCAAGCGAUCAAGCGCCACGGCACUUCAGCUUCUGCGUGGCACACAGCAUUUCAUUACAGACUCCACAGCCUCCUCUACAGUCCCUCUGAUGGCUCCAUUUUCGGCGCAGUUUUUAUGUACGAUUCAUUCUCUGCUCUGAAGGAAUUUCGGCUCUUCCGCCCAGAAAAUUGCCCCUCUGCCGUUAUAGCGCUGAGAGGGACAAUACUGUCGGCAGCCAGUAUAAUCUCAGACCUCAGAGAUGACUUGAAUUUAAUUUUACAGCAGAUACAGAAAGUCUCCCGUGUGGAGGAGGCUCUGCGCGUGACUAGAGAAAUGGUGAAGCGUUGCGGCGCGCAGAAUGUCUGCUUGGCUGGCCAUUCGCUCGGAGCUGCGGUGGCACUCAAAGUUUCGCGGAUAAUGGCGGAAGAAGAAUCAAUUUUUUUAGAUACCCAUUUGUUCAAUCCGCCGUUUUUUUCUCUCAUUUCCGUGCGAGAUCAAAAAUUGGGCAUUUUUAUUCACAGAAUAAGGGCAAUGGCAGCCGGGUGUUUAACACAGAGCGCUGCGGAGACUCGGGCGGCAUUCUUGGCGCUUCAGAAAUGGUGCCCUAAUCUGUAUGUCAAUGUAUUUGACCCCGUGUCGAGUAAUUAUUUGCAUUAUUUUAGGGCUAGGUUGACCAACUCUGCACACAGCUCGAUCGUGUAUUGGAUUAUGAGAUCGCUGGGGAAAAGUCCUGAGCCCCACCAUCUUUUGCCCUCUGCAAAUCUGUUCAUUAAUGAUGGUGGGCGAAAGGAGUUUAGGUUCUCUCAUGGACUGUAUCAGUGGUGGUCGGAGGAUACGGAGCUGAAAACAGAACAUUAUAAUCUAGAUGUGCCGGAAUUUGUGGAUCGUGUGAACCAAUAUGCCCAAGUUGCAGCCAAGGAGGAGAUAGAGUCGACAACUCUCGUAACAUCUGAGACAUCAUCUCCUCUACCAUCGAAGGCAACAACUCCUCCACCAUCGACGGCAACAGCUUUUGUUACAUCCAAUGCGGUGUUCAAGUUCUUUGGAGUAAAAUAGUUGGUAAUCCAACAUAUGUCAACCCAAGAGUGGAAUUAGAAGUUAUGGAGAGAACUUCUUUUCUAAAGAAUUUUGUUACGUGUUUUAGUCUUUGGGAGCUAUUGACUCGUUCAGCUUCUCGAGGGGUAUCUAACUAGGUGAAGUUGGAAGCACAAAAGUGCUCCCAUACUUGUCCAGGGUAUCAUCCUUCUUUAUCUAGCUAAUUUCAUUUGGCAGCUCUAUAUUCAGUUUCAUGGCUUUUAAGUUAUUUAAUUCAAGCAGUAGUAUAAGGAGGCCAUUGGGGCACAAAGAAGCUUAGCUAAUCAUGCAAGAUAUCUUUGGUCAUCAUCCGUAUAGUUCGUUCUGUUCAUUCGUCUGUAAACUUGAAAUAAAUCAUGAAGAUUUUGUGAUAUAUAUGGUUAUCAGCAUUUAAAUGUUCUUGUUUUAGUUAUGAUAUGGUUAGUUUGUGGUGAAGGAUAGUGUUGAACAGUAUUAUUAGAACUUUGAUUGCCUUGAAAUGUUAUGUGGUAAAUUAUGGACUAUAGAAAGGUCCUGAUAUUGUGAACAAUGUUCACAGAAGGGCGAGGCUAUAGAUCCAAUUAUUCUGAGUUUGUCGAUGAAGUUGGUGUUGGUUCA